GAACCUUUCCACCUCCAAAAUGUUCAAGCCCCACUUACUGAGAUGCCUGACCUUACUCUGCUAUUUGAGGGUUUUCUUUGGGUCGCUUCCAGGUGAUGCUAACAAACCUGAUAAAGUACUCAUUCAUGAAAAUAACAAUGUUGUGGAAAUUGUGCAGUGCAGGAUGUGCCACCUCCAGUUCCCAGGAGAAAAGUGCAGCAGAGGUAGAGGAAUAUGUACUGCAACAGUAGAAGAGGCCUGCAUGGCUGGAAAAAUCUUCAAAAAGGAUGGUACCAUGUGGUUAAAAUUCAUGGGCUGCUUAAAGAACUGUGCUAAUGUGAAAAAAAUAAAAUGGGGCAGCUAUCUGGUGGACUUCAGAUGCUGCCGGGGCCACGACAUGUGCAAUGAAAGGUUUUAGACACUUCUGUCUUUCUGUGCUCCAACAAUGUGUGUGAUGGGAUGGCCUCUCUACAAAGACCUCCGGAGUUUAACUCUGCAGAAAAGGACUGCAAACACAUGGCUCUGCCUUCUACAUGUCACAGGGAAAGCAUUCUUUUUCUAGAGUCCCUUCUUGUUUCAAAACCAAUUAAAAGUGAAUAAAUAAAAUCCUUUUUUACCAAUAUCA